GUAAAAUGGACUUUUUCCUACUUUUUUAACACAAAUGGCUUACUCAUGUUAGUUAUCUGUGUAGCCUAUUUGGAAUCACUGACUAUAGUUCCAUUAUUCUCUGAUGGAAACGAAAUCAGGUGCGUAUGAGCGAGAAACACAGCAGCUGCUGUGAGGACAAGAUCAGAGCUUACCUGAUGAGAUACUGGUCAUGAUCCUCGACAAGCUAGACGCACGCACAACAAUAACCACCACUGUCCUUUCAAAGUGGUGGUUGGAUCUUCCUCGGCGAUCGCAUGCAUGCUAUGACCUUUCCGUUUAUGAUAUCCUCCCUCCAGGCUACCACAGGCCGAAGAAAAUAACUGUCGAGACUAAGGCCAGGUAUGAGGCGGUGAAGAGGACACAAAAUUUGACUGACAUUUCUGACAAGUACGAAAGGUAUUAUGCUGUCAAAGAUCGGCGUGAGCGGUUGAUGUGGAAAGUCCAUCUGCUCACACCUAUCCUGCAACGCUAUGAGCGUCUGGCCAUGCGAUGCUAUGUUAAACGGGUGAAUGCAUUCCUUCUACCUCCCGAUAAUGUUCAGCGGCCGUCUAUCCAGAAGCUGAGGCUUCAAACCUUUAGUAGGUGCGGUUUUCAGCAAUGGUUUACGGCAGCGGUUGGCAGAUGGGGGGUUGAAGAUUUAGAGAUUGUCGUCGAACUCUUGCCAGCAAUUUGGAUUCCGUCUAUUGGAUAGAUUCCAGAAUGUGAGGCUGAAACGCCUUCUGCUAUCCAAUAUAUUUCAUUAUUAUGGACACCCCCCCUUGAUUUUUGAGAGGCUCACAACACUUAUUCUGUGCAAGGCCAGUUCAUGUCUCCACCUCGUAUACGAUAUUAUGAGAAAUUGCUUGCAGCUGGCGGAUUUGAGGCUGAGGGAUUGUUCGUAUAUCGGAGCUCCUUUUCACGUCAAUUUUACUACCUCAAGGUUGAAGAAUCUGCAAGUGGACAACUGCAAUAUUUUGAAAAUCUGUCUGACUUCAUUGCCUUGUCUUGAAACAUUUGCUUGUCGGGGUCAGCCAACCAAAUUAUGCUAUGGUGAGGUGCCUCGACUUAGGCAUGUGAGUUUGGACUUCUUGGAAAUUGGAUACAAGUAUACUGGUGAGGAUCAUUUGCUUCCUAGAAAAAAAUACCCAUCCACUAGGCAGAUUCUUUAAAGGGGUGCCGCCACCGGUAGAGGACCUUUUUCUACAAUUGAGAGGGCAUCAGAUGUGGAUUGAACCAACCGGCAUUCCCAGCCGGCUCAACAAUCUGAAGAAGUUAUUCAUUGCAAACGUGCCAAUGAACUGGGAUACAUUCUGGAUUUUCACCCUAUUUGCUGCCGCACCCUACUUGCAGUCGCUCCAUGUUCAUUUUGACAACAACUCGGAGAAGCCGAGUGCUGCUGGAUCAGUUCUAGAUGUGCAAGUGGAGCAACCACAACACCAGCACCUGAGAGAACUCGUGGUCAUCGGCUUUGACGGAGCGGCGUGGCAGACUGGCUUUGUGAAGCGGAUCAUGAGGGCAUCGAGGUGGCUGGGGCGCGUCCAUCUGCUCGACGGGCACGUUGUGGAAGACAAGGAGCGGGAGCUCGUCGGCCUGGAGAUUGUCCCGCACCGGCGAGAGUGGCACGAGUGCGAGAGGUUGGAGGUGCUCGAAGAACUUACAGACGGGACUGGCUUCCCAAUUCACAAAAUAAUUUUGGAAUGAAGUUUGAUAAUUAUAAGCUUGUUGUGCUGGUGGCCUCCUUUGUAGGCCACAGAAUGAUUAUGGUGACUUAGAAGAGAGAGAAAAACGUGUGUCCAUAUGGGUAACUGGAUUUCUUGUGCUUUUGCAUUUGCUUGACUAUGCAAUGGAUGGAUGUAGGCAUGUAG